GUAAUUAUGGGUUCUUUCAUAGCUCCCAGAUACAUGAAAAUCUCCAACACCCUCAACAUCUCCAGCACCAUCACUGGCUUCAUCCUUCUGGGGUUCCCUUGCCCCAGGGAAGGGCAGAUCCUCCUCUUUCUGCUCUUCACCCUUCUCUACCUCCUGACCCUCAUGGGCAAUGGGUCUAUCAUCUGGGCAGUGCGCUGGGAUCAGAGACUCCAUACUCCCAUGUACAUCUUGCUCGCCAACUUCUCCUUCCUAGAGAUCUGCUAUGUCACCUCCACUGUCCCCAACAUGUUGGCCAACUUCCUCUCUGAUACCAAGGUCAUCUCCUUCUCUGGAUGCUUUCUCCAGUUCUACUUUUUCUUCUCCUUGGGUUCUACAGAAUGCUUUUUCUUGGCUAUUAUGGCAUUUGAUCGGUACCUUGCCAUCUGCCGACCUCUACACUAUCCAACCAUUAUGACAAGACGUCUCUGUACCAAUCUGGUGGUCACCUGCUGGAUACUUGGUUUCCUCUGGUUCCCAGUCCCUAUCGUUGUUAUUUCCCAAAUGUCCUUCUGUGGGUCUAGGAUUGACCACUUCCUAUGUGACCCAGGUCCCCUAUUAGCACUCACCUGUGCCAGAGCCCCAAUAAUGGAGUUCUUUUGGAUGAUUUUAAGUUCUUUGCUUUUAUUUAUUCCUUUCCUCUGCAUCAUAGUAUCCUAUACUCUGGUCCUCAGAGCUGUGUUGAGGGUCCCUUCAGCAGCUGGACGAAGAAAAGCUUUCUCUACCUGUGGGUCCCAUCUGGCUGUGGUUUCAUUGUUUUAUGGCUCAGUGAUGGUAAUGUAUCUGAGCCCAACAUCUGAACAUGAAUCUGGGAUGCAGAAGCUUGUGACCCUCUUCUAUUCUGUAGGAACCCCACUCAUUAAUCCUGUCAUCUACAGUCUGAGAAACAAAGAUAUGAAAUAUGCCCUGCAUAAAUUUCUAGGAAUAUAA